CGACCCGAUAGUAUUCCAGUCGCCGGCCAUCGUCCGUCACGACAACCGUACCCGCGAUAUUCUAAGAUCUGGAUCCUGCUCCCCAGAGCCCAAGCCCACCGCUUGACUUCAUUCGCUGUCCCCGCCGAGUCCUACGUAGUCACCGACCGUCGCCCCGACCCUAAACCCCCCACCUCCCUCCAUUAGUCCAUCGCCGACAGACCAUCUCACCGCGGAAUCAAGAUGGCGAACCGACAGCUUGCAAGAGACAUGCAAGUUGAGUUUCAAGCCCGCUUCAAUGCCAAGCAAGCACGACGUGAAGCCCAGAAGGCUGCCAAACAAGACAAUGAGUUGAAGAAGCAGAUCCAGAAUCUUCUCAAAAAGGGCGAAACCGCGCAAGCCGCCCAGAAAGCCCGCAUGCUGCUUGCCAAACAAGCCAUCGCUCAACAGAUGGACCAAGCCGCUGAUAUGGCCGAGCUCAGCGUCGCCCAGAUACAGGCUAACAACGCCAUGAACCGCAUGACGUUCAUGAUGGCCCAGUCAUCCAAGACCAUGUCACGGGCCCAGCGCAGCGUGAACCCCGAGAAGACGCUCCUAACGCUGGAGCAGUACAAGCAGCAGAACGAGGAGUAUGCCAUGAGCAACGGCAUCUACACGGACGCCAUGACGCAGAGCACAAGUGUGCAGGUGAGCGACGAUGCCGUGCACGAACUGCUCGGCAAGCUCGCAGACGACGCCGGACUGGAGCUGGGGCAGGAACUGAAUAAAGCCAGCGCCAGCAAGGUUGAUCCAAACGCUGCUGCCCAGCAGGCGGUGAGCCAAACGGCCGAGCCAACUCCGGAAGAGGAAGAUGCCCUGCAACAGCGUUUGCGGGCUUUGCGGGCUUAAGCCGGAAUCAUGUGCUGGAACUCUCGGGCCGUUUUCUUUUUUAACUUUUGCGGGAGAAGAACGAGCGAAGAAAACGUAGAAGAACUGGAGAGGUUGGAUGAAUCGGGAGAGG